AUGGGGAGGGCGCCUUGCUGCGAGAAGGUGGGGCUGAAGCGAGGAAGGUGGACGGCAAAGGAGGACGACACUCUCGCAAAAUACAUUGCUCGGCACGGCGAGGGCUCAUGGAGGUCUCUGCCCCAGAAUGCGGGGCUACUGAGGUGUGGCAAGAGCUGCAGGCUGCGGUGGGUCAACUACCUGAGGGACGGGGUGAGGAGGGGCAACUUCUCAAACGAGGAAGACGAUCUCAUCGUCAAGCUCCAUGCCACCCUUGGCAACAGAUGGUCGCUGAUCGCCAGUCACCUACCAGGCCGGACUGACAACGAGAUCAAGAAUUACUGGAACGCGCAUCUCAGCCGGCGGAGCCACAGCUUCCGGCACACGCACACCGCCGGCAAGGAAACCACCAUAACCAUCGACAUCAACAAGAUUUCCGCCACUUCGAAGCGGCGAGGCGGUCGGGCACCCAGGAGCAGCAUGAAGAAGCAGCCGGUGCCUGAACCCACCAAGUCAACGGAAAGCUCUAGCCCGGUCCCUGCCAUAUCAUCAUCAACAUCAAGCCUACCUCAGGGCUACUCGGACAAGAACCAGCCCAUCAACAGCAUCCCUAACGAUAUGCCCUGCAGCGACCAUGUAGAUCUGAAUGGUGGUGUCCUGAAGCCCAACUAUGCGAAGGACUCAAUGAAUCAGAUUGGGAUUUUGGAGGAGGAAAGUGAGAUUGAGGGCCUGCUAUCAAGCAUGGACGACAUGCCGGCUAGUGGGCUUAAUGGCCUUCAACAUGGAGGCCACCUUCCUCUGGUGGAGGAUCUCCUGGACAUGGACUGGGAGGGUUUUGCGACCCACCUAUGGGACCAGCCAGCCCAGAGUGAUCAGCUCCAGCCUGCUGAGCCGCAGGCAACAAUGGGCUCCGUGUCGGACGAGCUCGAGUCAUUUGUCCAUUGGCUCCUCUCCGACACGUGCUAA